AAAACGACGAAAAAGAUAGUUUUCCCUAGUGUACUGCUUUCUUUAAAACUAUCGAAAUAAAAUUGCGUCAUUGGGUACCCACUGUAAGCAUAAAACGCAAAAUGCAAAGUCAGUGAUUCCUAGGCGGCUAGGUUAAACUUUAUAAUGGUAGAAAACAACAACAAAUGUGUGGAAAUUAUUAAGUCAUUUGAAUUCAUUGUUUUACUGAUUAAGUGAGGCUAUUUUGCACUACAUUAUUUCACACAGAAGCCACGUACAUUACGAAGUCAAUUCAGGUAUAUAUAAUUACAAGCUUUGAGCAAUAGACAUGUAUCGCAUAUGAUCAAGGGAGCAUAUUGAAAUCGUAUUUAUCACCUGCGGUCUGAUAUAAAAGAAAUUUAGAAAACCUUUAUACCUGGCAUUAUUCUAGAUUUUUGUGAGACAGAAGAAACAGCCUUCGUUCUGACAACAAUGUAGCGCCUGAUCUAUAAAAAAACUUUUAAAGAGAACUAUUCUAGUACAUUGGUUUUGUGUUUUGUCUACAUAUCAAUUCAUAUUGAAAUGCGUUUCAUCAUACUACAUUUGAAUAUUCAACAAGUGGUCGAAUAAACAAUGUAUGAAUUAUAUAAAGAUAUUUAUGAUCUAGAACAAAUUUCACUUUUCUCAUAAUAUUUACAAGUUUUCAUGUUUUAUCCUUGAUAUAUUAUACAUAUGAACGCCAUUGACAGUUGUUAGAUAAAAUUAACCAAUUGUUUAAGGUCAUUAACACCUGGUAUAGUUUUGUGUAGCAUUUAAAAUGGUUGAUGAUAACUAUUUCGUAAUAUAAUGACAAAUAGUGGUAUUGGUAUAGAUGUAUCAAAGAAGGAUUUUUGGCAAAGCAAAAUACACAAGGAAAAAAAGGUAUUGUUUUAUUUUGUUCAUCCUGUUUCGAGCUAUGAAUAAUUAAUGUAUCGUCUUUCCGUCCGCCUUCUACGACCGACCGAGUUUCGUAUUUAGCACGUUGGUAUCUGUAUGUAUCACAUAUUACAAAGAGCUGUAUAUUUUUAUUUGAAGACUCACGAUCGAAACAAUAAAAGAAAUGUUUACUCAUUGAAUGGAGUUUUUAAUGGAUGAGAAAUACAAUUAUAGUACGUUUUAGUUACUAACAAUUAAUUGUAAGAUGAAGAACCAUUGAUAAUUCUGUGUGAUAAGCAAAAACGUUGGCAACAUGCAGCAGUUGUAAGCAUCGAGCUUCCAAACAUCGAAACAACCGUGUAAGGCAAUGAUGGUCUUUCAAAAUGAUUCGGUUACUCUGAAUGAGUUAAACAACGAGGAAGUAAAACGACAGAUUCCACUGAUGAUUUAUCUUAUUGUUAUAAGUAUGAUCGGAAUUGUGGGAAAUUCGUUGGUAUGCUAUGUGUUUGCAAAGAAUGUAAGCAGGUCUACAUACCGCAUCUUUGUAACAUUUGUAUCUUCGGUUGAUUUGUUUACAUGCUGUAUAUGUCUUUCGCUACAUUUCGUCAUGCAGUUUUAUAGAUACACUUACGAUAAUAAAUGGAUAUGUAAGAUUUCGAUUUCAAUGAAUACAUGGACAACGAUGACAUCUUGCUUCGUCCUACUGUGUAUUGCAUUUGACAGAUUCAGAAAAGUUUGCUACCCUUUGAAUUGGCAAGUUUCACUUAAAGCAGCAAAAUAUAUGUGCCUGGCAUCAGUAGGUGUUGGACUGGCUUGUUCUUGGAUUUCUGCAAUUAUUUAUGACAUAAAAAAAGAAAAACAUAAAGUUUAUAAUGUUACAAUUUUUCAAUGUGCAGUUACAGAUGAUAUGAAAGAAACACUAUUUCCUUUUAUUAACAAUUUAACGUUUGCCAUCUGUUUCGUUGGAGUUUUUGUCGUCAUAUUCAGUUUCUACAGCUGUAUAGCAGUACGUAUAAGGCGACAGAUGAAAUGGAAACACAAAGGUAAGGACAAAAUUGGCACCGAAUGCAGUAAGGACAGAAUUGCCACCGAAGAGAGUAAGGACAGAAUUGACACCGAAGACAGUAAGGACAGAAUUGGUACCAAAGACAAUCGCAACCGAAUAAAAAUAACAACUGAAAUGUCUUAUGAAAUGACCGAAGAGCAAACUGGCGAAACGCUUGAAUCUGAGCAAGAUUCAAAUUUGAAUGACACCCCGGGAAAGAGAGAUAAAGAAACAGAUGUGAAAAAAAGAAAGUUCAAAGCAAGUAAAAAUAAUCGAUGUCACACUAUGAACAGGUCAAACAAAUACAAAACUUCUAAAAUCAUGUUUAUGGUGUCAUUAGCAGCUAUUGUCUCAUUUGCACCAGUAAUUUCAUUGCUUUUGACCCGUUCAUUGAACAAAACAUUUCUAGAAUCAUUGGACAACACUCAGAGAACAGUUUAUAAUUUUUUUCUGAGGUCAUAUUUUAUCAACAGUGCCGUAAACCCGCUUAUUUAUGGAAUAUUGGAUGUAAGAUUUAGAAGCUCGUGUAAAAGACUGUUUUCUUGUGAUCGUGCAUAAUUAUAAUUGACAUAAUCUUUAUAAUGUGCAUUAUAAAUGGGACUUUACAGAAAGGAUGUUGCAUAUGUGUAGGUUCAAUACUGAAUUUAGUGUUUGAAAUUAAUUUUUGUACAAUAGGAUUGCAGUAUUUCUAAUAAUCGACUGUUAAUAAAAAAAAUUAAAACACUAAGCUGGUUCAAGUUUAUUAGUACGUAUUAACAAUUUACGUCUUACCAAUUUAAUUUUGUAAUAAAUACGAGUAAUAAACUUUAAUCUACUUAAUGAACGAGUUGAAUAAAAUCAGCCAGGGCAGGCUCUUGUAGCAUGCGUGUUCAAUAAAUGUAAUAAAAGUAUGAAACUGACACUAAUUCAAUAUCCUCUAUCAAUCAUGUAAUGAAUGUUUAUAGGUUGGAUCUCAAGAACUUGUAUUACCUUAUGGUAAAUUGAUAUUACAUUGAUGUAUGUUUUUACACAAAGGGCAGCCUUUG